AUGGAUGAAGCCGAUAAAGCUCUAAGUAAAGAGAGUCAAGAAUUGGCGGCUCGAACGGCUCUGCAAGGAGAUUUCUCGUCUCAAGAAGGAUGGGUUAGCCCAGAUCGACCGCCAUUGUGGGUGGAUGAGAGGGAAAAACUCACGAUCACGCGGACUUUCCAGCCCCUGCAGUAUUGCGUUAGAGGAAGGACCAAAGUACUGGCCAUCAUCACGUCUCCUAUCCUUCAAAAUUCCUUGUCCAUGAGUGGUUGGAAGGACGACCACCCGCACUUGCCCAACAUCCAAAAUAGUAUCUGGACUGCAAAGGUUUGUAACAUCGCCGCCGAGAUGGGGAUACCGCUCCCAAAGCAUAGUUUGGAUCCGGCAUCUACGGGCAAAUCGAAAGGAAUGUUCUAUGCUUCCCAUGCCGAGGCAAAAUUGAUGGCGCUUUAUCUCGACUAUCGCAGUAACCACGCCGAGGCUCUCCAGUAUCUAGCGUCCAUAUCACGUUGGAACCCUGGAACACUCGACAUCGAUGUGUCCAAGGAACCCUGCCGGUCUUGCCGCGAAAUCGCCAGAAAAAUUUACGAAAAGCAUGAUGUGAAGGUCAAUUUCACGUUUCAAGGUCGCCUUGACUAUCCGCGUUGCAAGAACUACUAUUGCGACAAACAAUUACUGGAUGGAUCACGAAUUUUUUGUUGCAUCUGUCGAACGCAAAUCGAAUCUCUACCGAUGACGGCCGUGUACCUUCCCCAGAUGGAUGCGAAGCAGUUUCGGGACUUCCUCCGAGGAGAAGCUAAGUCUAUGGUUCCCUUCGUCGAGCAAGGAGAAGCGAUGUAUGAUAUCUUUCAAGCUGUCACUGAGGCCCCUAGUCUUGGUCUACAUCUCUACCACGAGAACGAGGUUUCCGAGAUAGGAUUGACGGUAAUAGUGCCGAAUGCUGACACAGAUACUUUCAAAAAGGCAGUUGAAGACCGUCUGAAAGGCUUUGGUGGCACACACGAAGCUUCAUGGCUUGAGGAUUUGAAGGACUGCGCUCGCAUGGCCAUGACCAAGUUAUUUGGCUUCCUGGCAGACAAUGACGAAUACCUUCCUGGCUCGUCUAUCGGCCAUGGAUACAUUGGAGGAAAGACACAGCCGUUUCCAUCCCAGAAAGCGGCAAGACGUCGUGAGGAGGACGCUUCGACAUUCGACGAUGUUGUGCGCGACCUUGGCCUGCUCCUCAUCAAUGAUAGGGACCAAUUAAGAUCGAGGAGGUAUUUUCGCGCAGAUAAUGAGACGGACUCUAGUGACGAUAUUAAUUGUUGUUUCGAAGAUGAAAAUGGGUGGGAUGACACCGAUGACGAGGUCGAAGCGGCUAACGCGGCGGAUGAUGGAAUCAAAAUGAUUGAGAACGACUGGUGCCACUGA